AUGGAUUUUUCGAACAGUGCCUUUAGGGCCAUGCCAAACUCUAAAGUCUCCGACGACACCAUGUCUCACGCAAAUCUUGUAAUGGCAUGUCGAUGGGGGUGGACGAGCACCCCGGACGAAGGAGCAAACAACCCCUUCGCCUCUUCAUCUACCUCGCAACAAAUACCCGCCUCUACGUUUAAUAACAUUCGGACCAAGCGUUUUGCGCCGUGCCAAGGUCGUCUCUAUCACCAGCUACUCUGCUCUCACCGUAUCCGGACGGACCUUGUCGAGGACUGUGGCGAAAACUGCAUCGAUCCGUAUGGCGAUACUGUUGACGCGCCAUUCAUUUGUAACGAGUGCAUCCAAGCAGAAGCAGCGAAGAUUUGGGAACAACGGCAAGCGGCGCACAAUGCGACCUACCCUCCUAUGGGGCAGAUGAGCAAGGAGCAGUACGAGCAGUGGUAUGCCGAGCACCGACAGCUCGAAGCGGAGUUCUCGCGCGAUCAGCGACUGUACGAGUUGGAAAUCAAGGCCAAGACGCGACCGAGCAACAUUUGCUCUGCGCUGGAAACUAGCAAAGAGGAGAUGGACUUUGCGACCGAGCUUGACACACUAUCUCUUUCUUUGAUGGCGUCGAAUAACUCAAACGCUGAGCAAACGCCUUACCAGCCACAAGGGCGUACCCGAACGAGUCUGGCGACAGAUCCGGAUGAGCAGCUUCAUUGGAACUUGAACACGCUUGCUUUGGAUCGCGGCGCAUGUGGUAUUGAGUACUCGCAGCCGAGUAGUGGAGUGUCUCCAACACGGCAACUGGACCCGGAGGAGUUAUGGAGGAAGCCACGGAAUUGA